GAAAUAGUUCUUGAAAUUGAAACAAGAACAAGAUUUACAACAAUUACAUCAAAACAUUUCCCCUCAAAUUUCAACACUUUUAGAUAUAGAUCAUUUCUUUGUAUCAUUUCAGGUAUAAUUUUGUGUUAUAACCAAAAGUAGGGAUAACAUGGGAGACCAAGGGUCAAGAUACGUGAAGUUAACCAAAAAUAAAGAACAAGAGUUAUUUAGUGAUAUUACUCCGGGAGAGCUUAAUCAACCCAUUGAUGUGCCACAAUUAAAUGCUCGUAGAUGUCUUGAAUGUGGACAAGUUUUACCUGAAACUUACCAACCUCCAGCUGAUGAAGAUUGGACAACUGGAAUAUGUGGUUGUUUCAGCGAUGUUGAUAGUUGUUGGACUGGAUUGUUUUGUCCAUGUGUUCUAUUUGGAAAAAAUACCGAAACACUAAGAGAUGACAUUCCUUGGACCAAUCCAUGUGUUUGUCAUGCAGUGUGUGUAGAAGGUGGAAUGGCACUUGCUGUAGCAAUAGCAUUUCUCAAUGGAAUUGAUCCUGAGACAUCAUGUCUCAUUGCGGAAGGCCUUUUUUUCACUUGGUGGAUGUGUGGUAUUUAUACUGGUCUCUUUCGACAAGCUCUUCAAAAACAAUAUCAUCUAAAGGAUUCACCAUGUGAUCCUUGUAUGGUACAUUGUUGUUUGCAUUGGUGUGCUAUAUGCCAAGAGCAUAGAGAGAUGAGGAAUCAUUUAUCUGAUAACACAAACAAUGAUGGAACUAUUAUCAAUCCACCUCCGGUUCAAGAGAUUAAAUCUGAUUUGAAUAAGAAGUCCACAUCGUCAGCAAAAUCUUCUACAAAUGAUGAUGAAGAAAAUAAUUUGCAGAUCCAACCUAUAUAGGAUAUAUCACCUAAUUGUGUCCAUGAGUCGGAGAGUAUCCCUCUUCCUUCUUUUUUAUUGAGCUAGUAAAAUAUAGUUCAAUAAAUAUAUAUUUAUCUUAUUUCUCUAAGUUGGAAUUUUGUUAGAAGUUAGUUACAUACAACUGUACUAUAUAUCAUAAUUGUACUCUGAUUUAUUCUACUGAAAUAUACAAUAUCAUCUUAGAUUA